AUACUAUACAAAUAGGUAUAAGUUAAUCGUUAUCCAAUCAUACAAGAAAAAGAAAUAGCCUUUGUUGACAUCUUCUUCUCUCUGUUUUAAAGAGUUUCAUCCUUAUCCAUUCCAUCAAUUUCUCUCUCUCUGUUACCUUUCAGUUGAUUAGAUCUUCUUAAAUUCUUACCUUCGAUUUUAGAUUUGGGAUCCUUGUUGUGUAGAUUCUCAGGAGUAAAGAUGAACAAAGGCAGCAGCUUCAAGCUUGACAACGAUUACGAAAAGAGGAAAGCUGAAGCUGGAAGGAUCAGGGAGAAGUACCCUGAUAGAAUCCCGGUGAUUGUGGAAAAGGCUGAGAAAAGUGAUAUCCCAAACAUUGACAAGAAAAAAUACCUUGUGCCAUCAGACCUAACAGUAGGACAAUUCGUGUAUGUGAUUCGGAAGAGGAUCAAACUGAGUGCAGAAAAAGCUAUCUUUAUAUUCGUAGACAAUGUUCUUCCUCCUACAGGAGAGAUCAUGUCAAGCGUCUAUGAGGAGAAGAAAGACCAAGAUGGCUUCCUUUACAUCACUUACAGUGGCGAGAACACGUUUGGUGCUUCUUCAAUCUGAAUCCCCUAACCUGAGAAACGCAUUUAUUCUGUUGUUUCCCACAAUCUUUCAACUUUGUGUAUAUAAUAAGUAUCAUUCUCUCAGCAUAAUCUUCUCAAGAUUUAUGUUUUUUUUUCUUCUUCUCACUUCAGUUUUUAAUAAUGUAAACUAAGACUAAUAUUAAAUAUUCUCUACAUUGGCAUUAUUAUUAUCUUUAUGAUAAUAUUAUUUUA